AUGACCACAUCUCCAAUAUGCACAGACUCCAUCAAACGCGCCGCCUCUCUUGUCGCCUCGGACCUCCUCACCUACUACCAUGGCUCCGAACCCGGCCAAACGCCCGGCAUCCUCCCCGGCCCUCCCCCCGCCGGCGACUACUACUGGUGGGAAUCUGGUGCGCUCUGGGGCACCCUGAUGGACUACUGGCACUACACGGGCGACUCGUCUUACAACGAGCUGAUCACCUCCUCCAUGCUCUUCCAUACGGGCCCGCCGCUCAACGCGUACAUGCCCGAGAACUAUACCAUAUCUAUGGGCAACGACGACCAGGGUUUCUGGGGCCUAUCCGCUAUGCUCGCAGCCGAGAUCGGCUUUCCUGACCCACCGGCUGAUAAGCCUCAGUGGUUGCAGCUCGCUCAGGCGGUGUUUCACACCCAGGCGGAUCCUGGAAGACAUGAUGAUGUGUGUGGUGGUGGGUUGCGAUGGCAGAUACCGAUGGCGAAUAUCGGGUAUGAUUAUAAGAACUCGAUUAGCAACGGUAUCUUCUUCAACCUCGGCGCCAGACUGGCGAGGUACACGGGAAACGAAACGUACGCGCACCAUGCAAGAAAGACGUGGGAUUGGAUGAUGGCAGUCGGAUUGAUGACCGAAGACGGGAAUGUGUACGAUGGAGCGCAUACGGGGGUGAAUUGUACGGAUGUGUUCAAGGCGCAGUUCUCAUAUAACGCGGCAAUAUUCCUACAAGGGGCGGCCUUCAUGUAUAGCUUUACAAAAGGUCCAGAACAAGUCCUCUGGAAGAACCGCGUCCAAGCCCUCCUCGACCGGACCAUAGCCUUCUUCUUCCACGCCGGCCCCAUGAUCGAGCUCUCUUGCGAGACGCCCACCGUCAUCCUCUGCAAGACCGACAUGCUCUCCUUCAAGGGCUACACGCACCGGUGGAUGGCAACCACCACGCAACUCGCGCCAUUCACGCGCGACCCCAUCAUGCGAGCUUUGCGCAACUCUACCGCCGCGGCCGUCAACUCGUGCCGUGGUCCCCUCCACGACGGCCGAGCGUGCGGCUUCCGCUGGACGACGGACGGGUACGAUGGGUUGACGGGAGCAGGGCAAGAGAUGAGCGUUUUGGCGGCUUUGUCAUCGUUGUUGGCUUUUAACGAAAACGCCGGUGGUGAGGGGAAAACGGGUAACAAAGGGGCGCCGCUGACGGGGGAGACCGGGGGAACGAGUAAAGGGAAUCCGCAUGCGGGGACGGGGAAGGGAGUGGUUGAUCCGACGGAGCUGAGGGAGUUGACGAAGGGGGAUAAGGUGGGAGCGUGGAUUCUUACGGCGUUUACGCUGGGGACGCUGGGGGCGGCGUUUGUGCUGAUGGCCUCAGGGUCAUUUGAGAAGCUGGAGGGUGGGGCUACGGCAGCAGCAGCAGCAGCAGCGGCUGGGGAGAAGAAGAAGAAGGAGAAGUUGUCGAUUUGGUACAAGAUUGCGAGGGAAAGUUAUUUUUUCAGGCAUCAGGGCUGA